AGCGGAGAGCGCGUGCGGGAAUGAGCCGCGGAGACUCACCGGAGCAUCGAGCCGCGCGCAGCUGACCACACGUGACCGCAGGACACGAUGCCUCCGUCCUCCUCACAUAGACUCCUCCUCCUCCCUGCACUGAUGCUGCUGCUGCUGCUGCUGCUGCUGAGCCCUGGAGUCUGUGGACAAGGGCGUCUGAAGUUGACCGUUCUCUCUGAGGAGCGUCUCCAGGUGAAGUGGAAAGAACCUGAAGGACCAGUGCAGGUUUAUAAAGUCCGAGUGAAACCCAUCACAGACGUGCCUCAGCCGGAGUUGAUGCUGACGACCACCAGGGGGCGAGCGACGGUGGCCGGGCUGGACGCCACGCAGGAGUACGUCCUGCAGGUGCUCAUGCUCAACGGCACCACGGAAAAACUCCUGGCAAAGAGACGCUUCUCCAUGUGGAGUCUGAAGCAGGAGGAGCAGGUGCGCACCCGUCAGAGGAAGCGGCUCUUUUCUCUGGGUUCAGGUUCAGGUGAAGCCGACGAGAACGUCGACGACUCUGCCACCGAGCUGCCCGCCGCCGUCUACCCCCCGACCCCCCCGCCCCCCACGCCAGGUAACCACGACGACCACACCCAGACCCCCCCACGCCAGGUAACCACGACUACCACCCCCGCCCCCGCCACGCCAGAGCCGGUGGUCACGCCGACGACCUCUGACCCCUCUGACCCCUCUGACCCCUCUGACCCCCCCGAAGAAACACCGGAGAAAAACAAAGAGCGAAGGAAGAAAAAGAAAGAGAAAGAUCGAUCGAAAAACGACAAGAAAGAAGAAGAAGGAACAAAGGAAAAAGACGACAAACACCGAAAGAACCACAACACACACACAGGUCUGACCCAGUACAGCUCCGACCCCAGAACCGAGUGGAACCUGAACAACUUCACGCAGAAGGAGGAUCUGCUGGAGGCCGUGCGCAGCUUCAGAUACAAGGGAGGAAACACGUUCACAGGUCAGGCUCUUCUUCACGUGAUGGAGCACAGUAUGACGGCGGCGUCUGGAAGGCGCUCGGACGUUCCUCUGUUCCUGAUUCUUCUGACCGACGGAAAAUCUCAGGACGACGCCAUUUCAGCCGCCACCAAACUGAAGAACAGCGGCGCCGAGAUCAUCGCCGUGGGAGUGAAGAACGCGGACGAGGCGGAGCUGCUGCAGGUGGCGUCGGGUCCAGAGGAGUUAAACAUGUACAACGUCAACGACUUCCCCCUCCUCAGUAAACUGGUGUCACGCCUCGUGCACAUCCUGUGUGUGCGAAUCCACGAGCGCAGCAACGCCAACGCCAAACGUGUGGAGCCAGACCCCACCCCCUCCUCUGGCCCCGCCCCCAGACCGGACCCAGGCCGAGAUCCUGGUCUAGACACGAGUUCAGACCAAAGCGCAGACCCCGGUCCAGAUCCCGGUCCAGACCCCGGUCCAGACCCGGACCUGCCGAGCCCCACGGACCUGCGCUUCUCCGAACUCGAGUCCCGGAGCGUCCGGCUGCACUGGACCCGCCCCCGACCUCACGCCAACGAGAAGUUGAGUUCUUCUUUGACUGAAGUGUUUCUCGAGGAUCUUCUUCCGUCUACAGAUUAUUCUGUGACUCUGUACGCGCUUUAUGAGGACGACCCGAGCGAACCUCUGACCGCCCGAGCCACCACACUGCCCCUCCCCCCCCCUCACUCUCUCUCCUUCCCUCUGGUGACCCACAGCCGGGUGAGGGUGAGCUGGACGGCAGGUGCCGGGCAGGUGCCCGGGCACCGCAUCACCCUGAGCACCAACCACGGCAGCGACGUCCGGCAGGUGGAGGUCUCAGGUCUGGACUCGGUCCUGGUCCAGAACCUCUGGUCUUUGACUCAGUACCAGGUGUCCGUUCGGUCUCUGUUCCCUCAGGGCGAGUCUGCGGCCGCCGUCGGCAACGUCACCACACUGAAGGUUCCCGCGCCCUCUGACCUCAGGGUCACCAACUUCUCGGGCGGUGACCUCGGUGACCUCACCGUGCGCUGGGACGCGGCGGCGGAUGACGUCAUCUCCUACCUCAUCAAAUGGAUCCCCCUGAGUGGAGGAGAACUGAAGGAGUUGUCUGUGGACGGUCAGAGUGAGGGGGCCGUCCUGCAGGGGGCGGAGGAGGACAGAGAAUAUCAAGUUUCUCUCUCGGCGAUUUACGACGACGGAGCUCAGAGCGAAGCUGUGGCCAUUCGAUACAGCACAGUGAUGUCGGGUGCAGGUCCGUCUUCCGUGUCGGUGUCGGAGGAGACUCCGGUCAGUCUGGUCGUGACCUGGACUCCUCCCAACGCUCACGUGCUUCAGUACAGAGUCACGUACACGCCGCUGAGCGGAGCCGACGCCCACCACGCCGACGCCACCGCCGCCGACGCCAUCGAGUUGGUGUCGGGGGCGGAGCGUCGCGUGGAGCUUCGGGGGCUUCAGCCGGACACUCGAUACAGCGUCAUGGUGACGGCCGAGUACAGGAGCAGAGAGGGCGGGAGCGGCACCGCCCAGGGGAAGACAGGUGGUCUGCGGGUGAGCAGUGUGUCGGUGCUCAGGUCCGAUCACUCGUCUCUGUGUGUUUCCUGGAGGCCUCUGUCUGCGGUGGACGGAUACAGAGUGGUGCUGCGGCCCAACGGAGACACACACACACAGGAGCAGACUGUGGACGCCUCCAGAACCUCUCACUGUUUCUCAGAGCUUCAGCCUGAGACUCUGUAUCGCAUCAGUGUUUACUGCAACCUGGGACCAGCAGAGGGCAGCGCCGUCACCAUCCUGCACCCCACAGCUGCAGCUCCGGCUCAGGCUCCUGCGCAAACCCGACUCUACCCGGUCACUAAUGAAGUUUGUCCAGAGGUCACCAUCAGGAACAAGAUCGUCAAAGGUUUUGACAUGAUGCAGGCCUUCGGUUUGACUCCGGCGUCUCACUCGUCUGUGGACGGAGUUUCUGCUGAACCUUUUGUCUUCACCUCUCUGCCCUCGUACUCGCUCCGCCGCAACGCCCAGCUCACCCACAGCACCCGUUUGCUCCACCCCCUGGGCCUGUCUCCUGACCACACCCUUAGCCUGACGCUCCGCCUCCUUCCGGACACGCCCCCCGAGCCCUUCGCCGUCUGGCAGAUCACCGACAUCGACCACGAGCCCAAGAUGGGGCUCGUCCUGGACCCGACGGUGAAACGUCUGAUCUACUUCAGUCUGGAUUAUAGAGGAGAAGUUCAGGAGCUGAGCUUCGACCAGCCCCAAGUGCACAGGCUCUUCUACGACACCGACACGAUCCACAAGGUGCACCUGUCAGUGAGUCAGGUGUCAGUGUCUCUGUCUGUGGACUGUGAGCGCGUCGGGGAGCGGGCGGCUCGUCCGGCAGGUGCUCUGCCCACAGACGGGUUUGAGAUGUUGGGAAAACUGACCCGGACCAGAGGCCCGAGGAGCGGCUCUGCCCCGUUUCAGCUGCAGAGUUUUGAGAUCAUCUGUAACACCACCUGGUCCUCAGAAGACACCUGCUGUGACCUGCCCGCUCAGAGAGAUGAGGAGAGUUGUCCUGCCCUGCCGUUCUCCUGCACCUGCUCCUCCGACACACCUGGAGCCCCCGGACCCCCCGGAGCAAAUGGUCGCCCAGGUCCUCGAGGGGAGAAGGGGGAGAAGGGAGAGCCUGGUGUGAAGGGGGAGGCGGGGCCUGUCGGGGGCCCGGGGCUGGAGGGGGCUCUGGGGCCCGUGGGGAGUCGGGGGCCUCAGGGUUUGACGGUUCAGGGAAAAACUGGGCCCCCGGGGGCGCGGGGGCAGAAAGGGGCCCCGGGGCCGAUGGGAGAACAGGGACCCCAGGGGCCCCCGGGACCCAAGGGAGAAGAGGGAGUCCCAGGGCCCAAGGGGAUCCGGGGUGUGGAGGGGAGUAUUGGGGCCCCUGGACUCACAGGACCCAGAGGUUUCCAGGGCGUCCCGGGACACCCGGGGCCGACGGGGGAGCGGGGCCCCGGGGGGACGGUGGGGCCCACGGGUCUCCCCGGCAACAAAGGAGAGCGCGGAGAAAAGGGGGAGCCUCAGUCUGUGGCUCUGAUUUACCAGAUCGUCACUGAGGCCUGUGAGCAGCUCGUGCACAAGGAGGUGUUGAAGUUGGACCUGUUCAUAAACGACAUGAGCCGUAAACCGGCCCCGCUGCAGGAGCCGGUCGGGCCCCCGGGAGAACCGGGCAUCCCCGGAGGCAGGGGCCCCCCGGGGUCCCGAGGGCCCCAGGGCAGCGCGGGGUCCAGGGGCAGACCGGGCCGGCCGGGGUACCCAGGCGAGCAGGGGAGGAGGGGUCUGCCGGGGCCAAAGGGCGACCCGGGGCCCAAUGUCCAGGGCCCUCCAGGAAUCAAAGGAUUUGCAGGUCCCGCGGGGGAGUCCAAGCUCGGGGCCCCGGGGCCGAAGGGGGACGAGGGCGCGUCGGGCCCCGACGGAGUGACCGGGCCCCAGGGUCAGUCCGGAGAACAGGGGCCCCCCGGCGUCUGUGACGGCAGCGGGGGCUGUCAGACGAACCCCCACAGCCCCCAGAGACCAGAAGAUGGUUACUAUGGGUACUGACCCUGAGGAAGAAGUGAAGAGUGAGAGAAGAAAAAGAGGAAGAGGAGGAGAGAAGGAAAGAAGAGGAGAUCUGGUGACGUUGUAUUUUCGGACUGUUUUCGGGGCUGUUGUUGCACAAACGUCCCUGAUCCAGACGCCACAGAAGGACUUUAAACAUCUGACAGUGUUUUAUUAAAGCUUUCAUUUUCCACUUUUAACAAAAAUCUUCUGUUUAUCUGCACCACAAACAAACUCUGUUCCAGUCUGAGGUCUGCUGCUCGGGGUUCUGUGUCUCCGAGUCGGACUCUGGUUCGUCCUCAUCAGAGUUUGUGGAAUCGUUUGGAUCAUUUCAGAUUAAACCUCAGAGUCUGUGUCAGUCCCACAGUGACCAGCAGAGGGCAGCAGAGCCACCACAGAGUCUCUUCACAAACAUACUGGACAUUAUUUUAAAGCUGCACUGUGUAACUUUCUGGUUGUGGGUCUGUCACCUGUUUGUUUCUAUGGAGACGUUACUGCUCUGUCUGGAAUGUUCCGCAGUGUGACUUUAAACAGCUCCACUUUACAUUUAUUCCAUCACAGGAGGAUUUACAGCUCAAAAACACCUCGAAAAACAAACAUAGUGACUGUGAGCGGAGUCGCCUCUCCACAGAUCUGACCUGGAACAGCGUCUGGUUUGGUUUCCAUGGAGAUAGAAAGGUUUAAUGCCGUACUGUGGAACAUUCCAGACGAAGCAACAACAUCUCCACCAGAAAAGUGACACGGUGCAGCUUUAAAUUCAUCUCUAAAUCUGUCCAAAAGUGUUGAAAGAAAACGAACGAAGCAGAAUAUGAAGCUUUAAAAUAAAAUACUCUUUAAAUGAUCCAAGUAUUUAUACACGUGUCUCAAUCGCACUGAAAUCUGUUCUAAUGUUAAAUCCUGUGUUUGUGUUUAUUGGGUUAUUCCUGUAGUGCACUGUAUUAAAGCCUAAUAUCUUUGUUUUACAGAAAUAUAUGUAUUUUAUUAUAACCUUAACUGCCUCAAAAUGUCCAAAGGUUUAACAGAGACGGUGACGAAGAUCGUUUCCUGUGUAAAAUAUCUGUUUAUUCUGAUUUCCUUCAUAUUUUACCUCUUAUGAAAACACAUGUUUACAGAGUUAUUACACUUAUGGGCUUUUGGGAAACCACUUUUAUGUGAAAGAAAUGUGUUUUUACCUUUGCAUUUUGUAAGAGUAUUUUUAUAUAUUUUAGAAACACUGGUUAAUUAAAAUAAUAAUAAUAAUAAUAAAA